UUUGAAACUAUUUUAGAUUUGAUCAAAGCUGAUAUAUUCAGACAAGAUACAAGAUUCAGGAGAGCCAUAACUCCAAGAGAACGUUUAUCUGUCUGUUUAAGGUACCUAGCUACAGGUGACUCAUAUGGGUCAUUUCAUUAUAACUACAGGAUUGGCAUAUCAGCUGUCUUGAUGAUUGCGGUGGAAAUUUGUGUAGCUAUAUGGAAGAGACUAAGUGGUAUUUACAUGGCAAUGCCAUCUUCUGCUGAAGAAUGGAUGCAGUUGUCAAGAAAAUUUCAUAUGCAUUGGAACUACCCUAAUGCUCUAGGAGCAGUAGAUGGGAAGCAUGUUCAUAUCAAAGCACCUAACAAUAGUGGUUCCCAGUAUUUUUGCUACAAAGGUCAUUUUUCAAUUGUGCUUUUGGCCUUAGUAGAUGCCAACUAUUGUUUUACCUAUAUUGAUGUUGGCAAUUAUGGGUCAGCAAGUGAUGGCGGUAUUUUUGCAAGAAGCGCUUUAGCUGAGGCAAGAGAUAAUGGUAAAAUUAAAUUUCCUGGCCCGAAAUGUUUAUCGAAUGCUCCAGAGUUGGGUGAAAUGCCCCAUGUCAUUUUAGGGGAUGAGGCUUUCCCCUUAAACUUAACAAUGAUGAGACCUUUUCCUGGCAAGGAAUUGACAGAUCAAAAGAGGAUCUGCAAUUAUAGGCACUCUAGAGGAAGGAGAAUAUCAGAAAAUGCCUUUGGGCAACUCUGUGCGCGCUUCAUAAUUUUCUUUCGCAUAAUUAACCUUUCACCAAAAAAUAUCGAUCACGUAAUUAAAGCAACUUGUGUUCUUCACAACUUCCUAAAGAAAACAAGCACGGUUGAGAGAGCUACUCAACGCAAUACAUAUUGAAAACCCAAAGGCUAUAUUAAAUCACUGCGAAGGGUUAUCCAAUUUGGAGAAAAAAGGUUUCCAUGGAUCACGGGAUGCAAUUGAAAUUCGCAACAGGUUUGCCAAGUACCUUAUUUCAGAUGCAGGCAAGGUGGCAUGGCAAAGAAAGCAUUGUUUUGGGGAGAAUAAGUCCAUCAGUACUUAAAACUGCUAAAAAUGACACUUCUAGACACAUUUUGAAAUGACUGCCGGUACAUA